AUGUCCAAGUCCCUCAAGGUCGCCGCCAUCCAAGCCGAGCCCGUCUGGAACGAUCUCCAGGGCGGUGUCAACAAGUCCAUCGGUCUCAUCCAAGAGGCAGCAAAGAACGGUGCCAACGUUAUCGGCUUCCCUGAAGUCUUCAUUCCGGGAUAUCCAUGGAGCAUCUGGGCCAACUCGCCUACCGAGAACGCACCAUGGAUCAAUGAGUACUUCAAGAACUCAAUGGAGAGAGAGUCACCUGAGAUGGACCAGAUUCGAGCUGCUGUUCGAGAGGCAGGCGUCUUUGUAGUCCUUGGAUAUAGUGAGAGAUACAGGGGAACUCUUUACAUCGCACAGUCCUUCAUCGACGAGACCGGCACUAUUGUUCUUCACCGCCGCAAGAUCAAGCCCACCCACGUUGAGCGUGCUAUCUAUGGUGACGGGCAGGGCGAGUCUCUGACCAAUGUCGCCGACACGAAAUUCGGCAGGGUUGCUGGUCUUAACUGCUGGGAGCACACCCAGACACUUCUCCGCUACUAUGAAUACUCCCAGGAUGUCGAUAUUCACGUCUCCAGCUGGCCUUCUCUCUUCCCCCGGCACGUCCCCGAGUGGCCAUACCAUAUCACUCCCGAAUGCUGCAAGGCCUUCUCUCACGUCGUCUCCAUGGAGGGAGCCUGCUUCGUUCUUCUGGCAAGUCAGAUCAUGACUGAGGAGAACCAUAAGAAGGCAAACGUUGAGGGCUAUGACUAUACUAAGAAGUCUGGCGGUGGCUUCAGUAUGAUCUUCUCGCCUUUCGGAGAGGAACUUGUCGAGCCCCUUGCUCCUAACGAGGAGGGUAUUCUUUACGCUGAUAUCAACCUUGAGGAGAAGUACAAGGCGAAGCAGAACUUGGACAUUGUCGGCCAUUACUCGCGACCCGACCAGCUGAGCCUUCGCGUCAACAAACAUGCUGCCAAGCCUGUCUUCUUUGCCAACGACCUGUGA